AAAUAGGCCCUGUCUCAAAUUUUAAAAAAUCAGUCCCAGUCCGAGUACUCCAAAAAGCCGUGCGGAGCAGUCCCUUACUCCUGCUUUGCCGAUAUCGUGAAAACCCCACGCCAAAAACGAAAAACGAACUCCAGACGGGCGACGCCGCGACGGCCAUCUUCACUGCCGGACGGCCAGGACAGGACAGCGCACGGCGGCUGCAGGCUGCUACUCUAAAUCCUCUAAUUUCUCUUUGUCAUCAAACAAGCUAAAAGCUAUCCCUCUUAAUAAGAAGAUACUUUUGAAGUUUUGAGAAGAGGAGAUUUGGGGUUUUUUCGUAACAUCAAAAAGGAGAAGUGCUGCCUAAGUCAAUAAAGGCACAAGUGGUUAAGAGUGGUGAUAUAUAAGUUAUUUACACAAGGCGUACAAUAAAAACAGAUAGGAGGAAAAAGAAAAAAAGGAAUGGCAGACAAACCUAGCAGAGGUCUAGUGCUGUAUGGAGAUGGACUGGCCCGAUCCGUAUUGCCAUCUCAUACCCAUCUCCAUUCUCUUGCUUCUCGGGCCUGCUCUGGCUUCUUGUCUCUCCCUGACUCGUCUCCUUCAGAAAAUGAGGAUGCAAGAAUAGUCAGAGAAUUUGCAGAGCUACUUGAUUCAAGGGAAGCUUAUAAUAAAAUGAAUGAAGAAGAUAUUUCUGAACUGAGAUCUCAGAAGACGCUUCUGAAGAUGACUAUAUCUCAUAGGUUCAUGGGGAUGAAAGCGGCUAUUGUGACUGACAAUCCAAUACUGAAGGCGUUCUGCGACCGGCUUGGCUUGACCACGUUUGGGGCACAUGGUUUACUACACUGCAAUAGCCUGGAAGUCAAACCACCUGUAUCGGCCUUGGAAUUGCUAGGGCUUCAAUAUGGGAAGGUUUCAGAGAUGAGCCGAUUUGAUUUAGUUAUUCUUCAUGUUGAAAGCAUAGAAGAUAUCAAUGGCCUGGUAGGUGAGUUGUUAAUAAGGAUGGCCCAACCCGGGACUGAAGUUGGGUCCCGGUUGCACCUAUCUGUUGUAUUGAGCUUUGGGGCAGUUUCAGACAACGAAGGUUCCAAGUUUUCUUUUUGUAACAACAUUAGAAAUGAGAGUAAUUCCCAGCUUCCCAUGCUUUUCCCAUGCCAAAGUUACACAAUGAAAGGUGGAAAAACGCGUGAGAAUGUUAGGCAUCAUUGUCCGAUGUUAGUUGCUCAAUGGCAAGACGGUGUAACUAGGAAGGAUGCCGUUGGAGCAUUUUCAUUUGAAGAUAUUAAAGAGGAGGGUGGAAAUCUCGUGAUUCCAGCUGACAGGUUCCUACACGAAUUGGCAUUUAAGCUUUGGAAAGCUCCAAAAUAUGGAGCGUGAAGAUCCACAUGUUUCCUUUUCUUUGGCAUACGAGGC